GGUUGUGACGUAAUGCGAUAGCGCGGGGAAUUUCGAGUGGUUAUUGGAGCGCCGGAGGCUAGUUGGGUGGCAGACUCCAGCAUCUUCAGGAGCGACUAUGGACUCCCUAACCGAGCCUCGGUGGCCUCCGGGCCUGGCAGUUAUGAAGACAAUAGAUGAUUUGCUGCGAUGUGGAAUUUGCUUUGAAUAUUUCAACAUUGCAAUGAUAAUUCCUCAGUGUUCACAUAACUACUGCUCUCUCUGUAUAAGAAAAUUUCUGUCCUAUAAAACUCAGUGUCCAACUUGUUGUGUGACAGUCACAGAGCCAGAUCUGAAAAAUAACCGCAUAUUAGAUGAACUGGUAAAAAGCUUGAAUUUUGCACGGAAUCAUCUGUUGCAGUUUACUUUAGAGUCACCACCCAAAUUUCCUGCUUCUUCCUCAUCAAAGAAUCUUGCUGUCAAGGUAGAUACUCCUAUAGCCUCCAGACUGUCUUUAAAGCAGGGGAGCAGGUUAAUGGAUAAUUUCUUGAUCAGAGAAACGAGUGGUUCUACAUCAGAGUUGUUGAUAAAAGAAAAUGAAAGCAAAUUCAGCCCUCCAAAAGAGGCAAGCCCUGCUGCAAAGACCAAAGAGACACAUUCUGUAGAAGAGAUGGCUCCAGGUUCCUCAGAGGCCAAGCGUCCUGAGACACCCUCGACAUCCACUUUGAAACAAGUUACUAAAGUGGAUUGUCCUGUUUGCGGGGUUAACAUUCCAGAAAAUCACAUAAAUAAGCAUUUAGAUAGCUGUUUAACACGCGAAGAGAAGAAGGAAAGCCUCAGAAGUUCUGUUCACAAAAGGAAGCCACUGCCCAAAACUGUAUAUAAUUUGCUCUCUGAUCGUGAUUUAAAGAAAAAGCUAAAAGAGCAUGGAUUAUCUAUUCAAGGAAAUAAACAACAGCUCAUUAAAAGGCACCAAGAUUUUGUACACAUGUACAAUGCCCAGUGUGAUGCUUUGCAUCCUAAAUCAGCUGCUGAAAUAGUUCAAGAAAUCGAAAACAUGGAGAAGACCAGGAUGCGUCUUGAAGCUAGUAAACUCAAUGAAAGUGUAAUGGUUUUUACAAAGGACCAAACGGAAAAGGAAAUAGAUGAAAUUCACAGUAAAUAUCGUAAAAAACAUAAGAGUGAAUUUCAGCUUCUGGUGGAUCAAGCUAGGAAAGCAUACAAGAAAACUGUUGGAAUGUCACAAAAAACAGUAACAAUAACAAAAGAAGAUGAAUCUACAGAAAAGCUAUCUUCUGUAUGCAUGGGACAGGAAGAUAAUAUGACCUCAGUAACAAACCACUUUUCUCAAUCAAAGCUGGACUCCCCAGAGAAAUUAGAACCUGACAGAGAAGAGGAUUCUUCUAGUUGUACUGAUAUUCAAGAAGCUCUUUCUUCACCAGAAUCAGAUUCAUGCAAUAGUUCCAGUUCAGACAUCAUAAGAGAUCUUCUAGAAGAAGAGGAAGCCUGGGAAGCGUCACAUAAAAACGAUCUUCAAGACACAGAAAUGAGUCCAAGACAGAAUCGUCGCAUAAGAACUCCUGAAAGUGCUGAGAUUGAACCAAGAAACAAGCGUAAUAGGAAUUAGUGUGGGCUUUUUCUGACCUUUCAAAUGCAGUGAUUAGAAUAUGAUACUUUUGGUUACUCUAUAUAGAUUUCCUAUUUAUAAAUGCCCAAGGAAAGAUGCUACAUUCUAAAUACCAUGGUUAGCUGAUUUUCAUUCUUUUCUGCUUUUCCAGAGGGGAAAAUUAUUACAAAAUAUUCUCACUUGCUUAGUUGCCUCCUGCCUCUAAAACAUCUCUCAGUAAAAUUACUGACAUUCAUACAGGCCCCGCUUUGCAGAGUAGGCAGACUCUUUGGCACUUUGGCAGAGGAAUUUGUUUUGGUUUGGUUUGAUAUCUAAAUUUCAGACUGUCCUUAGGCCAUUCCCCGCCUCUUCCAUGGAGAAUCCAACCUCACAAAAGGAUUUUUUUCAACCUCUUUAUUACAAGAAACAGUUGAGGAGUUAAAUAUCUGUAUUUUUAGAAAGGCAGGAUGUCAGUUCACAUCUUACGUGUGUGUGAGUGCCGAUGCAGGCCACCACCAUGCCUGUGUUACAGCAGUUCCAUGAUGAUUGUUGCCUGAGGUUAAUGUCGUUUUUUGUUAGACCUGUGUUUUACACAGUUUCUCAGAGUAGGAUAUUGGUAUUAUAAUUUAGAGGCACAAUAGUCACAAAGUCACAAUAACUUAGAAACUUGUGCAUAUUCUUCUGAAAUAGCACUCAAAAAUGAUUAGUGUCAGUAUUUUUUCACUUGGGUCAGUCAAAUCUGUAACACUGAAUCUAAGCUAUUAAACAAAAAGUAUGCA